CGCCACUAUCCGCGUGGGAAAAAAUUAUAAUGUUGGUAUAAUGUUACCGACCGAAGAAAGAAGAUUGGCAAUCCUGAUUGCGUCGCUUCUGUCACUUUGUGUUUUUGUGGUGUUGCAUGGUAUUUUUUAUUUAAAAAGAAACAAACAAUUUCCAUUAAAAAUGGCAAAUCCAAAUUUUGUUGAUAUGGCAGAUGAUGAUGCAGCAGAACUAAAAUUUCCAAAAGACUACACAACGAUAGAGAAUAAUUGUAAUAUCGAACUCGAUGUGUCAGUUGAGAAGGAGGAAAUCAUUACUUCAGAUUCAGUAUGUUUUAUAUGUAAUUCAACAUUAUCAAAACCUCAUAUACGUUGUGCAAUAUGUAAUUAUAUAGAACUUUGUUGUGCCUGCUUUUCAAAUGGUCGUGAAAUUAAAAAUCAUAAAAAUGAUCACGAUUAUAUUAUCGUGAGAAAUGAAUUUCCCCUAAUUGAAAAUUCCGGUUGGACUGCAAAAGAAGAAUUGGAAUUAUUGGAUGUAUUAUUGGAAUGUGGAUUUGGUAAUUGGGUGGAUAUUUCAAGAAGAAUUUAUGGUAAAUCACCCGAAGAAUGUAAAGCUCAUUAUUUACAGUAUUACAUUGAUAAGCAAAUUUUUAAUGAAUUGCCAAAAUUUAAUGAAACCGAGACAAGUGUCUUUCAUAUUCCCACAAUUCCCUAUAUGUUUAAAUUAGAUGAUUUGGAAGAUCCACCAAGAUAUUCUAAUGAAACAAUUAGUAGUCGAUUAUUAUCAGGCUAUAAUCCAGCGCGAUCUGAUUUUGAAAUUAAUUUCGAUCAUCAUGCUGAAUUAAUUGUUUCUGAUUUAAAAUACGAUGAUUUUAAUUCAGAUGAUGAUGAUGAUGAUUUAGGAAGAAAUUUACAACUUGCUUUAGUUGGUGCUUAUAAUAAUAGAUUAAAAGAACGCAAGAGAAGAGAGAGGAUUAUAAAAAAACAUGGAUUAAUAACAUUAAGAAGAUUAAAUACCUGGUUACAUAGAUAUGAUGAUACUAUUACAAGACCUUUAGUUGAUAGAUUAUUAGUUUUUAUGCAAUUAGUUAGUGGACAAGAUUUCGAUUAUAUCAUGGAGGGUCUACAUAGAAUUGGUGAAUUAAAAUGCUAUUUAGAGAGACUUUUUGAUUUUCGUAAAAAUGGAUUGAAAUAUUUUCAAAGUGUAAAACUAUUUCAAAAAUUAACAAUUAUUCGACAAGAUAGUGAACGUGAGAGAAAAAAUCUUUUAGCAAGUUUAGAUAAUAAUUGGAAAAAUAUAUUGCAAUGUAGCGAUACUGAUUUGAAAGCAUCUAUCGUCGGUGGAAUUACUCAAAGAAGAGCACCGCCACCCCUUGCAAUUAGAGGACUUCCUGGAUUCGAGAAACUUUCAUUAGAUGAAGCUGAUCUAUGUUCGAAAGCUCGAAUAGUUCCUUCAAGUUACUUAGACUUUAAACACAUACUUAUAAGCGAAAAUAAAAGAAAUGGAAUCCUACGAUUGGCUCAAGCUCGAUCAUUAUUAAAAAUUGAUGUUAAUAAAACUAGAAAAAUUUAUGAUUUUUUAACCGAACAGGGAUAUAUUAAUAAUCCAGCUUUGUAAAUUAUGUAAAUAGAUUACAUAUUAAAUGUAUAAUGUGAUAUUAUUUUAAUUUUUGAUAUUAAUAAAUAGUUUUAUAUUUAAAAAA